AUGGCCAACUGCAAACCGUCUCCUACGCUCUUGUCCUCGUCCGCACAGCGCAAACCACACAUGUCCAUAACCCUUCCCCGGAACUUCGCGCCUUUGGGCCUCGAAGGCGGCGAGGACCCCAAGACUCCAGAUCAGACAUUCGCGGAGCUGAAAUUGCCUCCACCGCCCCAUCAUUCCACUUGUCGUUUGCGCCGGUCGCGAAUUCGGAUGGACAACUUCCAGGCGCGUAACAACGCUCUGCCGGCAACGCUGUUUGCUUCCGACAUUCCCAUCCCGUCUAGUGCUCAUUCGGUACAACAAGAUGCUGGAUUUCCAGACGUCGACUUUGCUCUACCGUCGAUUGAAUUGCACCAUCACCUGGCCAGACCGGUCUACACGCACAGCAUCACGGACCCCUCUCCCAGCGAGAGGUUGAAGCUGUCUGCGCUCAGAGAUUCACAACUUCCACGUACCCCAAUUGCCCAGACCAAGAUCGUUCUGACGGAGUACAAGAACAGCGCUUGGGACAUGCACCGGUCUGCCUCAGCAUGCUCGAUCCGUUCGGAUUCGUCCUUCUCAUCCUCAGACGACACGUUCACCACUCGACCGACCUCCUUCGACGGCAGCGCCACGAGUCCUGAAAACGAGUCACACGAUCCAUUCUCACCAACAAAGGUCAACAUAAUCCCUGACACGCCGUCGAGGAAGAAGAACAAGAAGCUCAAGGUCAACACCAUGCUGUCCAAGGUCAAUGUUCAAUGGAGCAUCGAGAUGGACAACCAUCUCUUCAACGUCUAUCAGAUGUAUCUGGCAGAUCCCACCGUGACCCCAUUCAAGACAGUACCCGGCAGCAUCCCUCCCACCGGUGUCUGUCAUCGUGUAGCUCGGAGAGCCAAGGAGACAUGGCCCAAAGCUUCAAGGGUCAACAAACCGCUCAUUCGACGAUACAAGAUGCGAAAUGUCAUUGAGACGCGAAACUUUGUCAGGGACAAGACGCCUGAACCGAAUGACUUUCUCCGAACCGACCACAAUGAUGCAAGGAGUCCUUGGCCUUCCGAGUCAGCCACGAGAAAGCGACUAAAACAAUUGUGUAAAGAGAAGUUCACCAUCACGGCCCAUUAUCAGCGAUUGCGCGAAUCCAGAAGCCCAUCGCCUUUUCACGAACAGUUUCCUCGUCGGCCGUCGUCUCGACUGGCUCGGUCGACUUCUCAUCAAGACCCGCAGGCGUCAACUACCUAUGCCACGCGAGAACUCGGCAUCUCACUCGUUGCUAGUGGUGCAACUGCCCCUCUGGCCCAGCUGGUAACGGGAGAUUCGCCUCCAACACAGUUGAUGUCGGACGACUGGUUCAAUACCCCUGUCGACGCUUCCUCCUCCGACGCCAUCUCCGUCUCCACUCCUGCAGGUCUAGGCAUCGAGGCAGAGCCCGACAAGCUGCAAGUCGCAAGCAAUAUCCCGCGUUUGGCUUCGCCGUUCAAUUACAGUACUUGGAAUGGAUCGAGCAACUCGAACAGUCAGCAUCGGCGCCAUAUAAGCCACAAUCACUUCGAGACUGUUCACGCUACCGGAACGCGUUUGCUCUCUCCGUUUAAGCUUGAGCCGGAAAGCUCUCUCAACGCCAACAAGCGACGUGCUCAGCAUAACCUGGAGGACGAGCUGAGCCCUAGUGGAAGCAAUAUUGAGAAACUCAAUCUCGACCUCAACAAUCUCCCUCCACCGGCUGUGUUUGAGCCAGAGCGCCAGGUUCGACCGGAGUUAGUGUUUACUGGAGCAGGAGACCUCAACCAGCGGAGAAUUCGAGUUCGAAAUCGAGGUGCAACUUUGGGCGCCAUGAACAAUCGAGAACACGUCGAGCGACUCUUCACUCCUCCGACCCCUCUAGUCCCCGGCACUGAUGGUAUUCCGCCAGUCCCGCCCUUGCCAGCCUCGCUGACUGCUCUGGCAAACCCCAAUGCUCGGGCGACGAACGCGAGCGGCCUUGCUCCACCCGAGCCAGAUUCAAGUCAGAAGCGACUAGGCAGCCCUUUUGAACUUGAUCCUAACAAGCGAAGCUACCGCUCCAAAAACCCUCGACAUGUGCCGAGCCUGAGUGACCCUUUCAUUAAUACAAGUGCAUUUGCGACGACACCAAAUCAUGGGCACAAUGGGUUGAGCAUCGGAGAACGGCUAGCGAUGUUUAAUACUUUUCAUCCACCUCAUUUUCUGCGACCGAUGUCGGAUUCCCGAUCCAGGGAUGAUCCAUUUACUUGA